AUGGCAGAAGCUCGUGCAGUAGAGUAUGGGCUGGAGUUGGCUGCUAGACUUAACCCCUUGAAGAUUCAAUUACAAAUUGACAACCAGGCAUUAGUUCACGCUCUAAAUGGUGCAAGUAAUUACAUAUCAGAGAAGCUUCAAGUUGAAGCCCUACUUGUUGGUCAUGACCUUUUUGUCUAUGCUGAUGGUAGCAACCCAUGUCCCCCUCCUGUCAUCACCAUCGAUGGCACUGAACUCCCAAACCCCGAGUACACGUUUUGGACUCGUCAAGACCGUCUCUUAUUUGGUGCUCUCAUUGGUGCCAUCUCCCAAAACCUAGUCCCUCUAAUAUCCCAAGCCAAGACCUCCGCCCAAUUAUGGGAAAAAUUUCACAGCACCUACGCCCUUCCAUCUCGUGGCCACAUAAAGCAACUUAAAGACAAGUUCAACCGAAUUGUUAAGGGACCUUCUUCUAUCACUGACUAUAUGAGACAGUUGAAGGAGUGCUCUGACCAUCUUGUCGUACUUGGCAAACCUAUUGACCAUGAAGACCUCAUAGACAAGGUGCUUGCUGGCUAG